GAUCUAAAUCAGACGGAUGAAACAUACCUUCUUCCUCAAGGGGCCCCGUUUUAAGAACCCUCUCCCUCGGAGUUCCACCUUCAAAACCUCCGUUCGGAACGACUAGGGUUUUGCCCACGCCCAAACGCAUCAGUGGAUCGUUCUUCGAUCGGGGGAGGAGGUAGAGAGAUCCCAAAUCGAGGUAAGGGCAUAAACCCUGCUCUAUUUAUGAUUUGAUCUGAAGAAAAGCUACACAUGGACGGUGAUUUUUGUUGAGGUUUCCGAGCCUUCCGCUCUGCUUGAAACCUGGGAAUAGUCAUGCUCUCUUUCACUAACCGAUUAGUUCGAAGUGCGAGUUCCUCCCAAAUGCUCACCGAAUUGAGUAGCUCGCUCAUUUCUACGAGAAUUUUUGGUUUUCGGAGGGACUCGUAUUGCCAUUUGCCACAAAAAAGGUUUCUUUGUAUCGAUUUGGUUCCCCCAGCCAUAUUUUCCGGAAGAUUGAGGAACUACUCAUCAUUAGGCUUUAGAACAGGAUGGUUUUCUCAUAGUAAUUUGUAUACCGAUGUUGCAAACCUCACUUUUGCUCGUAAAUUGCUCGAUCAUCAGCAUCAGCAGUACCGAUUCUUCUCCGGCACUCGAUCGGUGUAUUCUGAUUACUAUGCGGUAAUGGAUUCAAGACCAUCUCAGGAUGGCCCCUUGGCCUUACGGAUUUCUCGGGCCGGUAGAUCAGACGCGCAGAAUGCUCUUUUUGAGUACCUUCAUGGUACUCGAAGCUUACAUUUCACUGAUGCAGAGCACAUGAGCAAGAACUGCCCUGUCUUUCUUCAGAAUCUUCUUUCUCGGUUUGAAAACGAGCACGAUAAAGGCCGGUCUCUCACUAAGUUUCUUCGCUACAACCCCAUUAAUGAGUUCGAGCCAUUCUUCGAGAGCUUGGGCUUGAAACCCUCGGAAUUUUAUUCUCUCCUUCCGAGAAAUCUGAUGUAUCUUAGUGAUGAUGAUAUUCUGCUUGAGAAUUACCACGUGCUUUGUAAUUACGGGGUUCCUCGCAGUAAAAUUGGGAAGAUGUAUAAGGAGGGAACCAAAAUGUUUAGAUAUGGCUACGGCGUCUUGUCUUCGAAGCUUCAAGCUUUUGAGAAUCUUGGCCUAACCAAGCCCACCAUUAUCAAAUUGAUCACUUGUUGCCCUUCACUUUUAGUUGGGGAUAUAGAUGUGGAAUUUCUUCAGGUUCUCAACAAGUUGAAGAGUAUAGGGGUUGAGCUGGAUUGGAUCAGAGGAUGUUUCUCUGACAAAAGCAUGUACAGCUGGAAUAGAAUACUUGAGAUGCUGAAUUUCCUCGAUGGAAUGGGCUGUGACAAGAGGGAUUUGGCCAGUCUAAUUAAGAAAUACCCAAAAUUUAUUUUCGAUGAUUCAGGGAAAAAGAUAUAUAUUCUUGUCGCCAUGUUGUUAAAACUAGGGCUCAAGAUGAACGGCAUAUUAACUUUGUUCUUGCAGUAUCCUCGCAUUUUACUGGGAAAUUUCACAAAGAAUUUGUGGCAGUCUGUGCACUUCCUAGCUGAGAUAGGAAUGGAAGCAGAAGAUAUUGCAAAUAUGCUUUGUUCUCAUCCUCAAGUUUUGGGUUCUUGUUCCUGUAAAAGACCAGAUGUUGUAUUAAAAACCUUAAAUAUGCCUGCUAAAAAGUUGUGUGGCAUCAUCAAGAAGGAUCCAAGCCAGUUUAAUACUUUAGUCUCAAGAAAAAAGAGCAAUGUAGUGAACUUACCAAAGGUCGAUGGCAUAUUUCUUCAAGAGAAGACCGACUUCUUGUUACAGCUAGGGUUUGUCGAGAAUUCUGAUGAGAUGGCAAAAGCACUAUCCAAGUUCCGAGGCAGAGGGGACCAACUGCAGGAAAGAUUUGACUGUGUGGUGAAUGCCGGAUUAGACUACCACACGGUUUCUGAAAUGAUCAAAGCAGUACCUCCAAUACUUAACCAAUCUACCGACGUGAUCGAGAAGAAGAUUGACUAUCUAUUGAACGAGUUGGGUUAUUCUCUAGAAUCGCUCGCUGCUUUCCCGACAUUUUUGUGCUAUAAUAUGGAGAAAAUAAGCCGUAGGUUUUCAAUGUAUAAAUGGCUUACUGAGCAAGGGAUAGUGAUACCAACCAAGAAUAGAAAGAUGGUGCAGAACCGAGCAGCCUUGAGUACUAUUCUUGCAUGCUCAGAUGCACGAUUCGAGAAAUAUGUUGUUAAUCUUCAUCCUGAAGGACCCAAAAAAUGGAAAAGGUUAAAGAGGUCAAUAUCUUCGCAGUAAAAGAAAAUUCCUCUUCCCAAGAGAAAUGCACCAAUAUUCAAAAAGUCAGUGCUGCAAUAAAAAAACACUAGCUGUGGCCGCAUGAACUUCCUGCGAAUUUCUACAAGGAAGAGAGCUUUUGCUUCGUGGAUCUUACCCCAAAGCAAUGAGGGGCAUCAGAUGUGCUUCUAACUUUUGUUCGGUACGCAUAUUUUGAAGACAACUACGGUUCUUCUCAUGAUUUAUAAUGUAGGAAAUUUUUAAUGACGGCAAGGUAAGCAAGUGCCCAAAAUUUUUGUGUAGAUUUAAGCAGCCUUAUAUGGUAGAAGGUUCUUUUCAAAAAUCUUCUUAUCAUCUAUUUGUCUACUAGUGAUGCGUCAAAGCAGUUCCAGUAUAUCUAAUUAAUAUGUCGUAAGAAGUUGCAAAAGGUCAGUUCUUGUGCCCUCUUUUUUUUUCUUUUUUCUUUUUCCUUUGUUUUUUUUUUUUUUUUUGAAGAUUGCUAUGAUUUACCGUUCGUAAGUCUUUCUUAAAGAGGUGACUUGUUUUAACAUUCGAGAGUACUUGUAAAGUUCUCUGUUUCUACACUAAGUGCGUCAAAGAAAAAGUAACACAGAAAAAAAAGAAGGGGAUUCAGGAAGUUUCAUUUGUUUGCAUAUGAGAUUGUCAACUACUACUAGCAGUUGGUUGCCAGGGGAAUUGUAAUUAAACUGCAAUAUGUUAUGCCAAAUGAAUGCAUUUGUGUAACGAAACAGUCGUCAGUGUUUUAAUGUAUUUUUCUUUUUGUA